UUAUUAAUGCUUUUUGAUAUUCAAUGGCUAAGUCAGUUACUUCAUACUCAAAAUAAACAACUUUGUUUGAUGGCAAGUGCUGUCUUACCAAUAAUGCAACAAAAUCGUCUAGCAAACAAAGAUGUUCACAAAACGCGUGUCCAUGCGAUUUCCCGCAGGCCAGCACAGUUACUCGCAGACAGCUAGUGGUCGAGACAGAACGAUUGUUUUGAAAAAAUCGCCAGACAACGAAAAGUACCCGUCCAGAUCAACCAUGUGUGGUGGGUAAGUGUAAAAGCAAAGAUAGCAAAGCCUUGUCCAUGGAGAUGACAAGUGGCAAAGCUAGAUAACAUGAUAUAAUCAAGCAAAGAAUAUAGCAUCUGUUUUUCUGGAACCUUCAAAUGGCAGGAGGAAACAGAUGCUGAGAAGAGAAAAAGAAAGGAAUCAUGAUAACCUUUGUAAUAACUCUAAUAUUAGCCACUGUAUCAGUUAACACCCGCCAUUUGAGCCUGCGCAGUGGGCUUUCUGUCAUCAGGGACAAAGUUACACCAGAAGAAAUAUCAGAAGUAAUUCUCAACCCACGAAGAAGUGACCUAUCUUCAUUAUCAGUCGGCCAAAAUCAGAUUGACGCAGCUAAAAUACAGACCAUUAUUGAGGAGCAGCACCACAUAGAGACACAACAUGAAAGAGAGGUAAGGGCGGUUCAGCAGAUAACAACACGAUUGAUAAAGAAAGCAGAGGAAGAUUUGGAUUAUACUCCAGACCAUUUUGUUAAUAAGAGCCGUUUGAAACGCGUAGUUAUGACGCAAGGAAACCACAAGCCAAAACCAAUGCCAGCUGCUUUUCUCAAUGCGGUUGCGCGUAUUAUCGUUCCAGCCAGACCUGAGAGCAAGUCAACAGAAAAUACUGCAGAAGCUAAACCAAGGCUUUUAAGACUUAGUACACCAAAUAAAUGAGAUGUAUCUAGAAUCUGUUAGGAUCCGUUAGACAUUGCCAUAAAAUGACGCAAGCUUAGGCCAAAGGCUGUGUAGCUACCAGGGUAACGCUCUUAGGGAAAAUUGGAGAAAGUUGAUCUAUAUAUUAGAAUACAGAUUUGUUAAAAUGGCACCAGACCAUAUUUUUAACUAAUAAAUCUUAUUCAAUUUAAGCCAUGACUAUGUAGGCUAUUGGAAACGAGUUCUAGAGCUCUACACUUAGAAUGUAAAAUUAGCUUACUCAUAGAAAAGAUCUCAACUAAGUUGAUAAGAGAUUUUAAUUCAACAGGUAGACAAAUAAAUGUGCGUUCUGAAAAGAGAAAUCAGGAAUAAAUUCUAGGAAUAACCCCAAUUACCCCCAUUUUUUGUAGGGAGGCAUUCCUACCUGAGAAAUAACCUUGAAUGCCCUCGUUAUUCCACAGUCUGCAAAGCAUGAAUGCAAUGAUUGGAUCCCAUGCUAACAAAAGCAAAAUCUAAUUUGCGUGCACCUAUACGAUCAUGGUGGAACAGGUGUAACGUAGCUUCUUGGUUUAAAAUCCUUUUCUGGGUGCGCAGCUCCUUAUUCUAGGAUGCGAAGGAGAAACUUAAAAGUUCGUAUGUUGACUGGCUAUUUCGUACUCUGCAGACUGGAUUUUUCCAACACAUUAAAAAUACUCGUAUGAAAUGACAUGUUUUUAAGCAAAAAUAUAGGAAUCAUUAAUGAAUUUGAGAAACAUAACAAUUUAUCAUGGUCAUGGCACCAAAAGAUGUUGCUAAAAGGUUACUGUUGAAAGUAGAAAUACAACCUUUAAAAGGCAUUCACUAACCUUGAAAGAGCCCUUGAAUUAAUUUGGAAGAGGGCACGUUAAUCCCUUAAUCCUUCCUAAUUCAAAAUCUCUGUUUUUGAGGUCGCAUAAGGAUAAAAUACCAAACUGAGGUUGCAAAAAUCAUAUAGUAAACAGUUAAUGUGAAGGAAAGCAAUGAGUCAGCUUUUCAAAAUAAUUAAACGAAGUAUCUUAAUAGGAAGGUGUCAUUUGGAAAGUACUGCUUGCGGGUAUUGCUAACAGUUGUAUUGAAAAUUAUAAGUACCCUAGCAAGAUCUUUCACAUUCAUGGAAACAGAAGAGUAUUAAUUAGCAAUGUUGAAGAUUGCACACAAUUACUGGAAACAGAGCAUAUUAAAGAACUUUUCGUCCGACACUUUUCAGAGUUUAACUUUUACGGUACUAGAAACUUAUUUAAUUAGAUAUGUAUAUAGAAAAAGGCGUUUGGUGUUGGUAACUGAGUCAAGAAAAUGUGGUAGUCCCGCGGACAAGAGAUUACUGACACAAAAAAGGACUUGGUUUUUACUUGAUGCCAGACCAGGCUGUUUUCUGUACAUCAUAAAUUCAUGCUAAGAUAAAAAGUUACUUAUUGUUUGUUAGGCAAACCACUUUUCUGGAUUCUGGUUACGACAGAAAUAAAGUAGAAAUAAUAAGCAUUAGAAAUAGUUACUUAGAGCUUAACCGGAUUUGAUUGAAAAGAUAAUUAAAUUUAUGUAGAAGACUUUCAAAGUUUAAUGAAAUCCCAAUCUAUUAUUCGUUAUAUAUCAAAUCAGAUUCAAAUUUUGUUUUUAUCUUGGUUGUUCUUAGUUUACAUUUCCAGGAAGAAAAUCAAAUCUAACUGCAGCGCCAUCAUUACAUUGGAAGAGACCAUGAAAUUGAAAGGGAAAAGGGCAGCAUUGACCAAUGAAUGUUUCCAGUAUAUUUAAUCAAACAAAGGGAUACCCUGGGUACCAGAGUAUAAGUCUUGUACCAAGGGUAACAAAAGGUUUGUUUCGACCGAAUUUUCUUCACAGCAUUGGAAAAAUCAGAUAAUUCAAAAUCUGUUCUACAAAUACUAUCAAGAUUUGUGAACAAUAACGGGUAAAAGAAUAAUUUUGCUUUUUAAUUCAUCUUUAACUCUUGCAAAACGUUUUCAUCACGUCCCAAACAGCCUGAUUGACUAAUGGUUAAAAAUAGUAAAAAUAAAUUAUGUGUUUACUUAUAUAUAAUACUUUGAAGAUGAUCGAAAUAAAAACACACAAAUUAUUCCUAAAAUCAGAAGUAAAUAAUUCGUAAAAAUGUGUUCAUAGUAAGAUCAAUUUUGUGAGCAAGUUCAAUGCAAAAAUACACAUUCUGACCAUUUUGAAGUGACGAAUUCACGAACUGAAAAGCAUGGGCUUUAGUGAUGAAGCAAGGACCGUCGACAUGGGAGGGGAUCCGGGGCAAGUGUCCCGGGGCCGAGCUCAAUCUUGGGUCCGCUAUUGUGGAAUCUACAUUAGUUGUGAUAUUCUCAAGUCUACAUUCUUUGUCAAGCAAGGGGCCUACGCGCAUUGGUUGCCCUGGGGCCUAGCCUCGUUCUCGGCGGUCCUUUGAAAAAGCACCAUUACGAGGAUUUUGCUGAAGACGAUGAUGGGUCUCUCGCCUGUUGCCGUGCCUGUUGCCCGUUUGUGACGCACACUAGAGCCCAGUCUAUUACUGGAUGUCAAAGAGUUAAGAGCAGGUAUAAAAAAUCAAAAAUUAUCUUUGUGGCUCUCUUUUUUAAGAUUCAAACACUAUUUUGGUUAAUUUUCGCAUUAAUCCAAUGUAAACUGAUUUGUUUAUUAGAGAAGUGUUAAGAAAUUAGAGAUAAAAAUAAAAGUUUUGUUAAAAAAUUGUUAUAGACUUUUACUAUCGGCGGUUAU